GGUUCCGGUUGCGUAUGUUGCAGAUCGGACUGUGUUGACACCCAGGAAAAGGUUCAUGCAAAGUAAACGGCCAUCUGUGUUUUUGUUAUUCAGCACGCUAUCCCGAAUUUAACUCACAUCAACAUGUCAACAUGACAGUGGUAGAAGGCAGUAUCAUGAAUGUCAACACAUAAGAGGUUGAGGUGGAAAGAAAAACGUGAACGUCCUUCGAACCGUUCAGCUCAAAGUUUAGUCUGAACUGCUCUAGGACCAGAAGAGUGACAGUGGCGGGAUGACGGCCCCGAGUGACAGCCUGAGUGACAGCCGCGUCAAGACGCUGAACUUCAACGUGGGGGUGCUGGGCCAUGUGGACAGCGGCAAGACGUCGCUGGCCCGAGCCCUGAGCAGCAUCGCCUCCACGGCCGCAUUCGACAAGAACCCGCAGUCCCGGGAGAGAGGCGUCACCCUGGACCUGGGGUUCUCCUCCUUCACGGUGCCCCUCCCGGACCACCUGCGGGUGCCCGGAGACCAGAACGACCAGUGCGACAGUCUCCAGUUCACCCUGGUGGACUGCCCCGGGCACGCCUCGCUGAUCCGCACCAUCAUCGGAGGGGCCCAGAUCAUCGACCUGAUGGUGCUUGUGGUGGACGUGGUGAAGGGGCUCCAGACGCAGACGGCCGAGUGCCUGCUGAUCGGAGAGCUCACCUGCCCCCGCAUGGUGGUGGUCCUCAACAAGACCGACCUGCUGCCGCCCGCCAAGAGGCAGAGCGCCAUCGACAAGAUGACCAAGAGGCUGCAGAAGACCCUGGAGAACACCAGAUUCAAGGACUGUCCAGUGAUCGCUGUCGCAGUGAAGCCUGGAGGCCCAGACGCCCCCGACACAGACGAACCCCAGGGCGUCCCGGAGCUGAUGGAGCUGUUGAAGACCCAGUCCUACCGGCCUGACAGAGACCCCCAGGGCCCCCUGCUGAUGGCGGUGGACCACUGCUUCUCCAUCCGGGGCCAGGGGACGGUCAUGACCGGGACCAUCCUGCAGGGGGCGCUGGCGGUCAACGACACCGUGGAGAUCCCCACCCUGAAGGUCACCAAGAAGGUGAAGUCCAUGCAGAUGUUCCGCACGCCGGUGUCCCGGGCGAUGCAGGGCGACCGGGUGGGCGUGUGCGUGACGCAGUUCGACCCCAAGCUGCUGGAGCGCGGCGUGGUCUGCACGCCGGGGUCGCUGCGCUCGCUGCACGCCGGCCUCAUCUCCGCCCGCAAGAUCGGCUACUUCAAGGGCGCCCUCGCCACCCGCGCCAAGUUCCACGUCACCGUGGGCCACGACACCGUCAUGGCCAAGGUCACCUUCUUCGGCCUGCCGAGCCCCGCCCCCGGCGCCGGCCCCGCCCCUCUGGACGCGCCCUUCAGCUUCGACAGGGAGUACCUGUACCAGGAGAGCUACGUGGAGGGGCCGGGCGGGGGCGCGCCGGACCCCGAGCAGUGGGCCCUGCUGGAGUUCGAGCGGACGGUGACGUGCCCCGCGCUCUGCCUCGUGAUCGGCUCCAAGCUGGACACGGACAUCCACGCCAACGCCUGCCGGCUGGCCUUCCAGGGGCGCCUGCUGGAGGGCUUCCAGGACAAGGCCUACGGGGAGAGCGCCCUGCCGCGGCUGCGCAUCGCCAAGAUGAAGCACAAGGAGGGCCAGGUGGAGAGGGUGACCGACGACUACACCGUGAUUGGCCGCAGCCUGUUCAAGAAGGAGACCAACAUGCAGCUCUUCGUGGGCCUGAAGGUGGCGCUGUCCACGGGCGAGGCCGGCGUCAUCGAGGGCGGCUUCGGGCAGAGCGGGAAGUACAAGAUCAGGGUGGCAGAGGGCCUGCGUGCAGACACCAAACAGCUGCUGGGCUCCGGCUCUAAGAAGAAGGGGAAAGGAGGCGGGAAGGCGGAGCCAGGGCAGGAGGAGGAGCCCAGAGCCGAGUCCCAUCCCGUCAGCAUCCACCUGCACUUCAAGAGAUACGUCUUCGACCCCCACAAGAAGAUGGUUCAAUCCUGAGCUCCAGCAUCACGGCGUGUUGUUGAUCCAGGUGACAUCCAGGGUAACUACAGGUGACCCCCAGGUGACCUCCAGGUGACCCCCAGGUGACCUCCAGGUGACCUCCCGGUGACCUUCAGGUGACGGGUUUCUAUGAAUGGAGGACUGAGGGAUGGAGACAGAAAGUAUUGAUUAUAUUCAGGGAGUCACAAUCAUGCGUCAGAAUCAACGACGACACUGCUUAGUUCUUUCUUCUUUUGAUAAUUACAAAUCGUGUCUCUAUUUUCCACCGUGACCGAAUAUGACCCCCUCACCUGAAGAGUGUCCGAGUCCUGGUUCCUCUGAGGCCUCCAUCAACAUCAGGAUAGGAAGGGGUUUGGAAACCAGCGUUUCUUGGUGAAGGCACGGAUCUGUCUAUCGCUCUCAUGAACUUUAGGGGUUUUCAAAUGCAUACGUUUUCCUUUUGGAAGUAGACUCGUGUUUUUUUUAAUUUUCCUGAUGCCGCAUUCUACUUUUUGCUCUCGCUGUUGAUUUGAAAAUCAUGUGCAUUACAUCAACCUAUGAAGAA